GAAAUUAAUUAAAGUUUAAAUAUGAGUUCAUGUGUUUAGCGAACGCAACAACUUUACCUCAUGGCUCUCGUUAGCACUCUUACUUUCAAGCCUGCUAGCUAGGCUAACUAGCUAGGCUAAGAGGUAGAGCGGGUGAGCUUUUGAGUUGGAAAUGAGUUUUUGUACAGGUGAUUCAGCGAAAUUUGGCUUCACAUUAUCUUAGAAUAGUUCACUAACCUUUGAUUUUCUAUGCAUUUUGAGUAUGUAUAGCAUCGAUAGAUGGUAUGAGAUUUUUAGCAAUUGGUACAUUGGACGUACAAUGUUCUUUGAAGUAUAAGGGGCAAAUAUUAUUGGCGGAGAAAUAAAAAUGAACUUGAUUCGACACACUAUACACAGGCACACGUCGCGCUAUGAGCUGCGGAGGUGACUCCACGUUUGAACUGUCGUCCAAAUACACUGCGUGAUAAAUGACAGAUAUCUUUACUGAUUUUGAUCACGUUUAGUGCACAGUCCUCAAUUGCAGGACGUGAUCAGGAAAAAGUUCACGCCACCGCCAGGAAACUUCAGGAUGAGCAUAAAAUGCAAGAUACCGGUAACUUUAACAGCUGAACUUCAUAUGACCUCUAAACUUUUUGCUCACGUGACCUUUCAGGGGGUAACUUUCAUCCUAUAGUCCUGUAGAAGGAAUAAUGUACAUGUUUCGCCAGGGAGGGGCCCAAAAGUGGCCAGGGCCGAGUUGUUGUAAGUGAAAGAGAAAGAAACAGCGGGAGAGCACAAGAGUUCAAUAGUGGGAUGAGUGGGAGGGGGGGGAGUCGCGCACUGUGAUUGGGGGCCACCGGACCAUGUGCUGACCCGACUCACUGAAGCCUCUAAGGGGCACACAUACGCACACACUCAGUCGCAUACGGUGUUGUGUUGAGUGGCAGCGACAUAUGAACCCCUUCACAUGCGCUAUUCCUGGUAAGGGAGGGGGUUCGGGGAGUGAGGCCGGUGGGCAGUAGAAGCUCUUGUCUUUCCGCAUGAUGGGCUGCUGCUUCAGUAAGGAGGCCGGGCCAGACCGGAACAGCGAGAAAAGCAGCUUACUGCACACCCCUCACCGGGACCACAUCCAUAACGGCGUGGAACAAGUGAGGCACCAGGCCGUGGCCGUGGCUCAACAUGUUUCUCUGGAUGAAGAAGAAGAUUCUGGAGCGGCCCGCGCGGAAGGUCGUCCGGGACUUGAUCACCAAGCGCGGACGGUCGUCAGUGAGAAGACUGUCCAAGCUCCGAGCUCUCACAAGGAGGAGCGAGCUAUUCUUAUCCCGGUCGGCGCGAGCGUUAUCCCGGACUCAUCGGCAGGCGUGACCCUCUCCCGCUUGCGCAACUGUGAGCCGGCCGCCUACAUGGAGGUGCUCUCCCAGAGUCUGACCGGACAAAACAUCGUGGCAAACGCUACACGACGAGCCCAGUGGUUCACUCAAAACCUUGAGGGUCAGAAGCUCCCCCACCCAGAAGAUUACCGGUCCGGUUCCAGUGGAACAAAGGGCGACAGUUGUGGCAAGGUGCCGCGUGACUUGACGUUGUCAUCGGUCUCGCAUCAGGAUCGGGUUUCCCUAAUAGGUGAGGACUGUAUUGUCACAACAACACUGGGUCAGGACUUCCAAACGAGGACUCGGAGGUUCUACAGCAUCUGCUCCAUCGACACAAAUGACCUUGACCACGACGACCACAACCAGACCCGAGAAUCUGGAACAUGUGCUGGUGGACAGACAACCUCGCCUCUGCUCAACCAGCCCUUGAACUCGGCACCACUGACCGCCGCUUCAGGAAUAAUUCCAGAACUUCAAGUCGACCCGCACGUGCCGAGAGGAAUUCCUGAAGGCAACGAGCCUUCAAAAGCAGAAGGUGACCACCCGAUGCUGACCGAGCAGAGCGCGUCUUCAAUCCAGGCCUCAGAGGAAAUUCAACUCGAUCACAUCCGGCGCUCGCAACCGGCUAGUGAAAGUCCCAAAGAAGCACGUUCGUUUCCGAAACCUGACGUCACAGAGCAACAAAGCGAUGAAGAAGAUCAAAGUUCAAUCCUGAGAGAAGAUGGUGUCCCCGCAAAUAAAAGCCAGGAAGACGAGGUCAUCCGCCAAAACGCAACUCUCACACAACUGACCCCUGCCCCACUCAUCUUAACCAGUGUGGUCGAGUUGAAAACUCCCGGACUAGAUGAUGAAGACGACUCGUGCGACCGGACAACGUUCACGGAGGAGGAGCCCUCGAUGAGUCGCACCUCAAAGCAAACGCCCGCCAUCUUCCGGGAAAACCAACUCGAUCACGUCCAACGUUCACAUCCAACUAUCGAUAGUCCCAAAGAAUUCCACUCCUGUCCAGAAUCUGACAUCACAGAGUCGCAAAUUGAAGGCGAAGAUAAAUGUUCAUCGCGGGGAGAAGACGAUGUCCCCGAGAGGGAAAGCGUCGAAUGUCUUGGACUCACCGAUGAAGAAGACUCGUGUGACGGGAUGAUGCUCCUGGAGCAGAGUGCGUCUUCGGAGCUUCAAACAUGGCGGAAAAAAAACGCCAUCUUCCAGGAGAAUUCACAACAUGCUGGUGACAAUCUCAAAGAAGUCCCUCGUUCCCGUCUGAGCUGCGGUCCAGAAUCGAAUGUCACGGAGCAGCACGACGAGUGCCAAGAAGAUGCUCCCGAAGACAAACUCAUCCACGGCAACCCGACACACUCGCAAGUGUCCUUUCCCGGCGUCCUCUCAACUUCACCCCAACAGUGCGGAAAUGGAGAAGGCACAGCGAGAGAUAAUGAAGACAUGAGAGCGAAAGUCAGUUUGGCUGCAUUCUCCGAGCCCGACGCAAGUUCGAGAAGAUCUCAUGAGUCGGAUCCUCCAGAACCGACAAACGGAUCUCUGCGGGGUGAAGAGGAAACGGUCCCCUUGGAGCAUCCGAAAACUCCGCCGCAUGCUUUUUCCGACGCCGAAACGGUCGACGUGGGCCGUCCGGAUGAGAUUUCACGUCAUCUGCGGGACCUCGGCGUCCAGGUGGAGUUCGACCAGCUGGACCUUCACGCUCUGACGCCAUCUUACGAGAUCCUGGGUCGAGAGGCGCCGGGCGAGGAGAGCGACAUGCGGGACUUGGUGUCAGAGCUGCUCGGAGGGGACGCCGACGCCUCGGUCCACCAGACCUGGAUCGGGCCCGCUGUAGAGGACCCCUGCCAGGCAUGGGUCCAGGGGGCGCCGCAGAGCCCGGAUGAGAUGGUCCCUCACUGGGCCUGGCACACGGGCUGCCCCGAGGCCCCGCUCGGAUCGUCGCAGACCCUCAACCCUGACGCUGAGGUGUGGACCGGAUCCAACUACAACCUUCCGCAAGCUCGACAGCCUUGGCUGCAGCUUCCCGACGAGCGGGUGGACCCGCAAAGCCACGCGCUGCACACGGAGCUCGGCUACAUCGGCGUGGGCGUGACUGAGGUUGAAGACCAACCCAAAGCAACCGAAAACCACAUCCUACCAGAACCAGACUCAGGUGAGCUAAUGGAACAGCUGAGGUCUACGCUGGACUGUUGUCUGAGUAGGGACUACCUGGCCAGUGACUUGUACCUCCAGUCGCGGAUGGAUGACGAGCAAUACGUUCCCAUCGCGGCGCUGGCCGGCCUCCACGCCAUCAAAUGUCUCGGUGCCGAUUUGCAGCUCGUCACAGACGUCGUUAAAACUGUGCCGCAGGUCCAGAUGUCACCUUGCGGGCACAAAGUGCGAGCCAACCCCAUCCGAUAUGUCCUCAUCCUGCGGGAGAUCCCCAGCAGUACCCCUCGCGAGGAAAGACCUGUGGAAGCUCUCUUCAGUGACAAGAAGCUGCCCAAGUUCCUGAGCUGCGAGGUUGUGAGCGGCGACUACUGGUUCGUCACCUUCGGAUCCGAGGCCGACGCCUACCAGGCCUACGUGUACCUGCGAGAGGAAGUUCGGCUUUUCCAGGGGAAGCCCAUCAAGGUGAGGAUGAAAGCCAAAUCAACAACCCCCACGUCCCACAUACCCGGAAACGGCUUUUGCCCCAACGUGGAGCCGUCUUAUUUGCCCCCGGACGCUUACCAGCAGCUUUACGAUUUCACCUACCCCGUGUGGUCUGAUUCCGGAUACUCCGACGGAGCUGAGCCACUUGAGCUCAGCGGCGCCCUGAAUGGCUUGCAAGCGUCCCCUUACUUCCAACAUCACGUCGCGCGCAGAAAAAGGAAUGGCGCCAGGACAUCGGGCUGGUAUCAAAUCGGUCAUCAAAAGAAUUCUGACGACCUGGCGGGGAAAUCCUCGGUGGAAAUGUCCAACGCCUCGAGGCCGGCUCGAGGGUGGUCCCAUUCAAGAGGCAACAGGCCUCGUCACAGCAGAUGCUACGAUAGCCUGACCGGGGGGCACACAGGAAGGUCUGUAAAUGACGAUCAGAGAAGGAGAAAGAAGCUUUGGGCUGCUCUUAAGACAGCUGGCGUGCAUCAUACAAAACCGGCAACUCCUCGCCAGUCAUCACCCAUCCAGCUCGUAGCCUCCGACUUUCCUCCCCUCGGCGUGGAGAAGACACCCGAACCGGCUCAACCUUUGACCACCACCACCGCUGCCGACGACAUCGCUCAUGAGGCAACCCAGAAGCUGAGCUACGCUGCCAUCUGCCAGAAAUCUUCGUCUGGUAGGCCAGCACCUCCCGUUGAAGAGAAGUAGAUUUUGGAAAAUACUUGAGGUGGAAUGUCAACGUGCACCUGGUGGACUUCCUCAUGCACCGGUGACUGUUUUCACAUCUGUUCCUUUUCCCGUUGCUAGUUUGUGUUUCCUUCUCACUCACAUUUUGUGACGGGUGAGAUUUUCCACAAAUCACGAUCAGGUUUUGUUUUUCUGCAUGUGUUUCAUCACUUUUAAUUUCAUUGAACCUUCCAAGCUUUCUGGUGGCCAUUUUUUUUUUCUUCGAACAUGAGUUUGAAUGUGAUUGGUUAAUUCUGAGCACAGGUACACUCGCAUUUAUGAGGGUGCGCACACUUUGGCCACUAGAUUAUCUCAGUUGCUUAUUUUACAUUUUCUUUCCCUUCUCAGAAAUAUAUAUUUUUUCACUGAAAGCAUUACUGCCUGACUGUAUGCACAAGCAAAAUUGCCAAGGCUGGAUGAUCACGUGUUUUGUUUUUAUUUGUGAUAUCUGACUGUUCCAUCGAGGUAAACAUUUGAGUCCUCAACAAAAGUACCGAUUCCUCAGUGUACUUGAUUUCUUUUGACUGCCAAGUUCCAUUUUGCUCCUGAUUUUACGUGUGAACCAGGUACGUUGUCCGUUUGUAAAUUGUAUAUAAUACUGAGAAAUAUUAAACAAGUGCCUUUUCGAUGAUAAAA